AUGUCUGUGUCUGACACCAUCGAGCUUGCAGGGCUGGGCCGCCCAUUCCAGCUGGGAAUGCUGUAUGACUGCAGAAGAGAUGUUCUCAUCCCAGGCAUUACUCUCUGGGAUGCUGACAUGCUGCAGAAGAACAUCAGUAGAUGUUCACAGCCCAACACUGAGUUCAAGAUCAUUGCCUCAGACUCUACGGAGGCGAAGGCAGAGGCUCUACAUGUGUCUGCUUCUCUUGAGGCCAGCUUUCUGGGUGGGUUAGUGAGUGUAAAAGGCUCUGCAGAGUUUCUGAAUGACAAGAAAAAGUCAAAAAAUCAGUCCAGAGUUACUCUUCAGUACCACACUACCACACGUUUUGAGCAGCUUACCAUGGAACAUCUAGGGAUGGGAAAUGUCAAACAUUGCAAUGUCUUUCAAGAAGGAUCUGCCACACAUGUGGUGACUGCGAUAUUGUAUGGUGCUCAAGCCUUCUUUGUGUUUGAUCGUGAAGUCUCUUCAAAUGAAAAUCAUCAGGAUAUUCAAGGAAGUCUGCAGGCAACAAUCAAAGUGAUACCAAUGGUAUCUAUUGAGGGACAGGCAUCCUUGAAGAUGACUGAAACAGAACAACAAGAAGCAGACAAAUUCAACUGUACAUUCCAUGGUGAUUUUGCAUUGGAGAAUAACCCAGUCAGUUUUCAAGAUGCAAUCAAAGUGUACUCACACCUUCCACGACUGCUUGGGGAAAAUGGGGAACAUGCUGUGCCCAUGAGAGUGUGGUUGUAUCCCCUCAAAAAUGUGGACUCUGCUGCAGCCACACUUGUUAGGGAGAUAAGUAUAGGUCUGGUGCGCCAGUCUCAGCACAUCCUUGAUGAGAUAGACGAGGCUGACGUUCAGUGCCAAGACUUGAUGAAAGAUGAGAUAGCCAUCCUCUUCUCAGAGAUUACAACCAAGCUUAGGAAAUUCAAAGGCCUGAUUUCCGAAUACAAGAAGGUGUUUCAAAAGAAGCUUUGUCAAUUACUUCCCGCUAUUCGUGGAGGAGGAACAGAGGAGCAAGAGUUGAAAAAGAAUAUGGACAGAGACACUGAUGAAGAUGAUUCAGAUGAAGACGAAGAUGAUGAUUGCAAUGAGGAGAAAAUUAAGAGCAUUGUCUGGUCAACAACUUUCAAACAGAUGAAGCUGUUCUUCAAGGGCCUCGGUAGUACAGAGGGCAAAGAUCUCACUUUGACAAAAAAAGUUCUAGAAGAACGUGAACGUCUUGAGAAUGCCACUGCAAGACUGACUCCUCAAAUUGCAGCAGGGCUUGCCAAGCUCAAUGAGAUCAAAAGUUUCAAACAGUGCCUGGAGAAUGAGGAUGAGAUGAUGAAACAAAACAAGAACUUUGAGACAGAAGUAGAGGACAACUGCUCUUAA